AUGUCAGGUUCAAGAGCCGAUUUGGCAGUUCCGCUCUUGCUGCAAUCUCCGCCAGGUCAAGUAUCAAAUGUCUAUGAAGAUUUACAUGGUCUAAUCACAUGCGAAGAAGAUGCAAGCGCAAAGGACGAACAAGAAUUCAAGGAGAAAGUUGAAUUGGCACGGGAAGAGCAUAACGUUGAACAAUUGAUCGUUGUGGACUUACCAGAAGGAAAAGGGAAGACGAUUUUAAGUAAAAGUAACAUUCAUCCAGGUCAUUCUGACCGGUUCAUCGCACCUCGUCAUCGAAUUUCUUUCAAAGUUGAUCAUGUAACACACAAAACAUCUGAUCCAAAACCCUACAAGGAAAACCAACAUAUAGAACCAUUACGGUCAGAACUCGAAAAGCUGUUAUCUUCUUAUGUCGCGGAUCGAUAUGCUACUGGUGUUGUAGAGGUCAUUGCCGUCCCUUUGCCAAGACAAGUCGUCGCCGUACAGGAUGAGGUAGCGGAAGAAGCAAGAAAGGUAAACAAUGAGCUCGAACCAGAAGAAUUGGCAGGAUCAGUAUCAACCAGUGUACAAGACGCUGAGAAAGCAACGGAGGAAACUCCCAAAGAGGAGGCAGAAAAAGCUGAAGUCGAAGAUGACCCCGUGCAAACCGCUAAAGAUGCAGAAGCAGUAGAGGCAAACACUGAAAAUAGCGAACAGAAAGCAGAGGAAACAAAGGAGGCAAACCAUGCUCCUUCUGAGAAUGCACAGAAAGUUACUCUCCCGAAAGAACAAGAAGACGAAGAGACAAAUGGCGAAACAAAGAUCGUGAUUCACAUUGCUGCCAAUAAGUACAAAUUGUCCAACUUCUGGUCAGGUCGAUGGAGAUCAAGUUAUACUUUAGCAUCAUCCGAUGCUCAAGAGAUCGAAGCAGAAAGCAGCGUUCAUAUACACUACUUUGAAGAUGGAAAUGUUCAGCUGCAUACUCGAAAAGGUCAGACGUUGGAUGUGAAACAGAGCACACCCAUCUCUUCACAGGCUGCAUCUUUCGUCAAAGCUAUCGAGAAAUUCGAGGAGGAGUAUCAACAAGAGCUGUUCAAACAAUCUUCAGAUUUGAGCGAAGGAGCUUUCCGUGCAUUGAGAAGGCAAUUACCGAUGACACGGCAAAAGAUUGAUUGGGAUAAGGUGAGAUUGAAUGGUGUUAAUACUGAGAUUGUUACAUACUGA